CUAAAAUAAUUGUUAUUUUAUGCAGUGCAUAAUAACUAUAACCAUGAGACUAACCGCAGUCAUUAGAUCAAGCAUUGAAAAAGCAGUGCCGACUAAUAGAAGGCGAACACCUCGGGCUUCGUUCAGACGACCUAUGCAAGGAAGAUAUACUGAUAGGAAAAAGGAGCCAAAACCUUGGGAAACAUCGAUGGGUGAAUUGGAUGAAGAAGAAGUAAAUGAACUUGGUCAGACUAUUCCCGUUCGAGAAAAAAUUCCGAUGAUAAUGGUUCCGAAUUUGAAAGACUUUAAUCUUAAACCUUACGUGUCUUACAAAGCUGAAAAACACCACGAACCUCCACUUCAAGCUAAAGAAUUAUUUGACAUGUUCUACGCUCCACAAAUAGAAGCCGAAAUGAGUGGAACAAAACUAGAGACAAUCCCUGAACCGGAGGAAAAAGGACUUUUAGGGAAAAUAAAAUAUAUGUUUAAAAUGCGGAAAGAGGCCAAAAUUAUUGAUAAAACAGAACAAAGUUAAUAAUGUGUGCUUUGAGGGUUAAAAAAUUACCUCAUCUCUACUAUUUUCGGGCUUGUGUGGACUUGGUUGGGAGUGUUUCAAAUAUCACCUUUAUCAACAUUAAUGAUAUGGUUUCACGAAAUCAGCUGCUAGUUCCCGCUUGUUGAAAACAGUCUUUCUCAAAAAUUUAGCUUGUAAAUUUUCCUUUUGAAUGCCGCUAAUGUUUAUUGAGUUUUCCAACUCAUGUUGGCACGAAUGGUUUAUUUCCGAUGCGAUGAAUGUUUUUCGUAUCAAAUGCCAUGCUGUAACUGCAGUUACUUUUAAAAAUAAUGAUCUUGACUUCCAUUCUGAAACUCUUACCCUGGGUGAAUUUGAAAUUUUAACUAGGUGUCUUAAUAUACGAGUUAUAUACGCAUAUGGAAAAGGCUCUGUAUAGAUGGUAAAUCUAAAUGAUCCAGAAGGCUUGUUGUGCACCAGUAUACUUACCGUACUUUUCUGUGAAGCUUUUUUCCGAUCAAAUUUUGAUCCAGACUUUCAUUUUAAACUAUAACUCCGGGUUAGAUCAAAAUUUUACUUCAACCUCAUACUCUCUCAAGCGCACUGGAGUCGGUUUGAAGAUCGGACCGCCCUCCCACUUUUAAAAUGUAAAAAAGCUUUUUUCUUUAUCCUACAUAGCAGAAAUGAUUUUUAGAUCCUAGAGUUGCUUAAAAACCUGAUGUCUUUCGGCCGUAUCCGCUAGCUAUGACGACCCAACUUGGUAAUUGGGAAUGACAAAAUUCCCCGCAAUUUGAAAUUUCCGGCUUUGCCCCUGUCAAGGUAGUUUCCUAAUGUACCAGUUAUAUAUAUUUAUAUGAUAAGGACGCUGUAACAAACAUAUAGAUGCUUGCUGUGCACCACCAUACUUAAUUUUCCUGUAAUAUUUUUUUCCGAUAAAAGUCAGGAUUCGCCUCACAAAUGUAAUUCAGUUAAUUGAACUCCUGCGCCUGUUUUUACAUUUUCUCUUUUUGCUUGCUGUGGAACAAACUAUUUUUUGAACUUAUUUUGUGAGUACACAAUUCUGUACCAGU